CGUUGGCGUCGAUUGACGUCAAAAGCUUCAAUUAAUAAUAUAGGGCCAAAACGUGAAAAUAAUAAAUUAUAAGGACUAAACAACAAUUUAUACCCUAAACAAAAUGAGAGAAGAAUGACAGAAAGCAGAAAAAAAAAAAAAGAAUGUAGCUUUUAAGAAAGAAGGAAACAUCAUCAGAAGCUUCUCUCUCAGAUUGACAGAAGAAUAAGAUUCCAAGCUCCUCUCUUUCUUCUCUUAAAGAAAAGAUGUUGUGUAGAAUGGUGGUGGUGACUGGCCGGAAAAAGAAACCCGGUUCGGUUCCGGUUUAUCUGAAUGUAUACGAUCUCACACCCAUCAAUGGCUACGCUUACUGGUUAGGACUUGGGAUCUAUCACUCUGGUGUUGAAGUUCAUGGAGUUGAAUAUGGUUUUGGAGCUCACGAUCAUUCGACUACCGGGAUAUUCGAGGUGGAACCGAAGCAAUGUCCGGGUUUCACAUUUAGGAAGUCUAUAUUGAUUGGAAGAACUGAUUUAGAUCCUGAAAACGUUCGUGUCUUUAUGGAGAAACUUGCGGAAGAAUAUAGUGGAAACAGUUAUCAUUUGAUUACUAAGAAUUGCAAUCACUUUUGCAAUGAUGUUUGUGUGCAACUGACUCGAAGAUCGAUCCCUAGUUGGGUUAACCGUCUUGCUCGCUUUGGUUUGUUUUGCAACUGUGUUCUGCCGGCGGAGUUGAAUGAGACUAAGGUGAGGCAGGUGAGAUCAAAGGAAGAGAAGAUUCCGGAAGUAGAGAAGAAGAAACUUCGGAGUAGAUCAAGUAGGUUUCCACCUGGUCCUUCGCUUUCUUCGUCGGGUUCUUUAAACCGAAGCAGAAGAGGAGAAAGGAGAAGACAAUGUCUUCCUCCAUCACCAACUGUGAGUGUUUAGCUCUAGUCCUAGUAAAAUUAUACCUUUUUGUUUCGCAAUUUGAUUCGGUAGUAAUGUUUAAGCUACAAGAUAUGGAUUGAACAAACAUUUUCUUGAUAGUAAUGGUAUAAGAUUUUCACAUUACAUAUUUUGAACUAUGAAAUUAUCAAGUGAAGUGAAGUUCAAAAAGAAAAAAAAAAGUGAAAGUGAAGUCAAGUCCAUUGGGUAAGGACUGGGAUAAGUUGAAGUGGAACUUUCUUGGGACAAACAAGUCCAUAUGAUUCUUCAAGAUCAACAUCUUCUAUGUUCAUUCCUUCCGGAAGCUUCCAGUCGAAACGGUAAAGAAGAUUGAUAAGAGUCAAGUGUACCAAUGCCAUACCUAAUCCCAUACCAGGGCACAUUCUCCUUCCGCUACCAAACGGCAGCAACUCAAAGUCUACACCUUUAUAGUCAAUCUCGCUAUGCAUAAACCUCUCUGGGAUGAAAACUUCUGGAUCUUUCCAAACAUUUGGAUUCCUUUGAACAGCCCAUAUGUUGACAUAAAUCCAUGUUUUCUUUGGAAUGUCGUAACCUCCAAUCUUUAUAUAUUUUGAAGCCUCUCUUGGAAUCAGAAGUGGCACAAGUGGGUUGAUCCUUAAUGUUUCUUUAAUCACCAUUUUCAAAUAUUCGAGUCGUUCU